AUGGGUCGAAGAUUGACACUGGAGUACUGCAAUAUGACAAGGUGCAAACUUUUCUUUGAUUUUGCUUUUAUGCUUGCGCCCAGAGCGAUGUUGGAGCGAAUAAUGUCGCGACGCUGGCUGGAGCUUGACUAUAAAGUGCUGGCACACGCAAUCAAUCACACAAUUAUGUUCGAGAAUCUCCUCUGCAAAAGAUUUCCAGCAAAAUCGGAAUUCAACUUCGAAAAGAUUAUUUGGAAAGCAUUCGAUAAGUACAUGGAUGUGUUCGUAGCUGCACAGAAGAAAAAUUUGGACAGCUUCCUGGAGGAAUGCGUGCUGCGAAUUCGAAGUGGUGCUGAACGACCAACACGCGAAACAGCUCCACAAGCGUAUCCGCUUCCUUCUUCAGCCGAUAUGUUUCUGUUGCUGAAGAAAAUUAUUGCUGAAUCGACGAAACUUAGCUCAAAUCCAAAUGCUCUCUUAAGAGAUCUUAUGGAAGUGUUGCGUGGCUGUCUACGUGGAUAUGCGCAUGGUUGUUUGACAGCUUUUUUACCAUCUGUUUCGUCAGCUCAGUUCUCGUCCACAUCCAUUUUGCAAACUUUAAUGAGGGAUGAAACAGCAGUGCGUCUAACAGUUGAUCAGCAGUUCUUCACAUGUUGCAUACUGGCUACAGCUGAUUGGUGUGCUGAAACAACACUACAGUUACAGGACAAACUGAAACAACGGGUUCAGAGCAUUGAUUUGAAUCAGGAAAUGGAGCUGUUUUAUAGCAUAUCGAAUAGUGCACUUUCUGUCCUGGUGCAAGAUGUUGACUUGACACUGUAUCCAUUUAUUUUGCUUCUCUGGAAAUCGGAUAACUGGAUUCUGUCUGUGAAGUUCCUUUCGGUUUUUGAGAUCCCGCAUUGGAAUGGCGUGGAAAAUGUUGGAGAUGAGUCACCGUAUGUUUCAGCAAUAAGAAGCCAUCUCCGAUCCAGUGUACCGUUGAUACGGGAUUUUUUCGCUGAUCGACGAAAAUAUUUUGCACACUUUUGCUUAAAAUUAGCAACUCAGCUGGUCAAUAAAUUCUUGGGAGCAUUAUUCAGGUUCGUAUUCUCACCCAGUUAUAACGUGACCAGUAGAUUUUAUACGUUCACAUCAACCCAUGUUUGA